AGCAGUAAACAAUAGCGACUUGAGCGUUUCGGUAGCGCGCCACAAAGGAAUCCGCGCCCAGCACUGAGAUGUCAACAAUACUGCGAUCUCUGUGCCUCCACUCGGUGCUCCUGGUCCUGUUCCUCUGCGUGCUGCACGGCCUGGAGCUGCAACUUCACGAGCAACAGCUGCAGCAGCAAAAGGACGAGCAGCUGCGCCUGCGCGCGGAGCAACGCCAGCGGGAACUGCUGCGUGAGCACGAGGCUCUACAGCGACGCCUCUCGUCCUCGACCACCACACGGAAACCCUAUAUAAUACCCAACGGUUUGUCGCUGCCCCGGAGAGGGGAACAUCCGGACAAGUGCCGACAGGAAGUGCCGGCCGUGUUCUUUCAGUACGACAAGGAGGUGAAGAUUGUGGGCAACAGCUCCACCAAUCCCUACAUGAACGUGAUCGAGGUUUGUUGCAAGGGCUGGCGCCGCUAUGAAUAUGACUGGAGCCAGUGCGUUCCGGAUUGCGGUGAGCGGUGCCAGGAGAACGGCUUCUGUGUGGCGGGCGGCAAAUGCGUGUGCUUCACGGACUUUGUGCUCAACUACCGCAACAAUUGUGUGCCCACCUGUCCGUUGGGCUGUCCGCAUGGUCGCUGUUACUUGAACGGCACCUGCCAGUGCGAUAAGGGAUACGAGCUGGACGGAUCGCGCAAAUUCUGCCAGCCGCAGUGCAACGCCACCUGUGGCCACAACGAGGUCUGCUUGGAGCCGGGCAAGUGCUCCUGCGCCGAGGGAUAUACCCGAGGACUGAGGGAGUCCGCCGCCCUGGGAUGCCAACCGAUUUGUAUUCCGGACUGCGGAUACGGUCACUGCGUGCGGCCCAACGAAUGCGAGUGCUUCCCCGGAUUCCAAAAACGCAAGAACGGCAUCACCUGCGAAGGCGAUUGCUAUAUGACCUGCGAGAAUGGCUUCUGUGCAAACAAAACGACGUGCGUGUGUCAGAACGGAUAUCGAUACGAUAAGAAUACGACGACCUGUCUGCCGGAUUGCGGGGACAACUGCGAUAAUGGGGUGUGCAUCUCGCCGGGCAACUGCCGCUGCUUCAAGGGCUACGUCCGGAAUCGGGAGCGAUGCGAGGCGGUCUGCGUGGGUGGAUGUGGUUUUUACGGCAAAUGCAUCGCACCGAAUGUGUGCGGAUGCGCCAUAGUCCCGGGUCCGGAACGCACCUACCAGCGUUGCGAGUACGGAUUGUGCAACGCCAUGGGAAGAUGCCGCUGCCAGGUGGGCAUGACGCGAUUCAUCGAUCGCUGCAUGUCGCCGGACACGGUCACCACAUACGCCUCUAUGAAUCCCGUCAAGGUGAACGCAUCGCUCAUCCAGGAAUUCAAUCUUCUGCUGGGCAGGCACUUCAACUUGACCACACUCAGCGAUAUGUGGUGGUUGUGAGUUCGGAGCUCUCACUUUUCCAGCAUCACUGAGCAGUCUCUAAUAAAUAUUCAUGCAUUUCCC